AUGUCUGCUGCUAUCCGGUACGUUCCAGCUGCAAAAUAUCCUGCUGCUGGGAUCUUAAUUCUGCAAUGUCGUGUCAAGCCUGGCGCGAGCAGAGUGCGCGACGGCGUUGUAGCUGUUACCGACGGCGCUGUUGAGAUUUGCGUUGCAGCGCACGCACGCGAUGGAGAAGCAAAUAAGGCUGUUGUUCAGGUGCUAUCUCAGGUAACUACAUCUUGCUCCUUGCCAAUUUCCCUUGAGAGACAUGAGUGGCACCUGACAGUUAAGAUUCUUGGGGUUCCGAAGUCCAGUGUAAGUGUCACCCGCGGCACAAGGUCUCGGGACAAAACUCUUUCUGUAACUGGGAUGCUGGAGACUGGUACAGAAUAUGGUCAAGUUUUGGACCGCGUGUUCAAACUACUGUCUAAUGCGGCAGCAUAG